UUAAUCCACUCACUCACUGGUUAGAAGAUAUUAGAUAUUCUCUCUUCUUCGCUUCUUCCUCUUCUUCUUCUUAUUCUCUUUUAAAAAUAAUAAUAAGAAAAAAAAAAAAUCAACGUCUUCUUCCACCAAAAAAUAUCUGACAACACCCCCAUAUGAGUUAGCACCACUGAUUCACACCGCCAUAACCAAAAAUCUUAACUUUCCAAUCCCACCUUUGACCACACCUAACUAAUUUCCCUUCUUCCAUGGCUGCCACAGCAGCAGCAGCGUUUCGAUCGAAGAAUCCACACAUUUACAGGGAAGCCACAACCCACCUUAGGCAGCUCCUCCUCUUCAGCCACCACAUGCACGGUGGCCGCACCACCCCAAUCUCCCUCCCUCCGGCCACCACCAAGUGGGACCACCCGUUCUCCAACACUCCUUACCACUUCACCUCCUUCAAGCCCCUUUCUCUCCGCGGCAAUUUCCCAAACCCUUCUCCAACCAGAUACGAGGUUCUCGACUCUUAUGGGGACCCUCCCGAGCUCUGGAAUGGCGGCGGGAUUGUAGUCAGGAAUUCUAAUAACAGUUUUGAUGCCGGUGGUGGCGGUGGCAGUGGCGGCGGAGGUGGCGCUGGUGGUGCGGCCGGUUCCGGCGAUUCGGGGCCUUUUGAUUCAAAGGAUGGGUGCUGGGAUGGAACCACUAUUGGGAAUAGUUUUCCAACGCCAAAGGAGAUUUGCAAGGGGCUUGACAAGUUUGUGAUUGGCCAAGAGAGGGCCAAGAAGGUGCUUUCUGUGGCAGUUUAUAACCACUAUAAGAGGAUAUUUCAUGAAUCUUCACCCAAGUGGCCUGCAGGAGGUUACAGCAGCAAUGGUGAAGCUGAUGCAUCUGAUGAUGAUAGAGUUGAACUUGAGAAAAGCAAUAUCCUUCUCAUGGGGCCAACAGGAUCAGGGAAGACAUUACUAGCCAAAACUUUGGCACGGUUUGUAAAUGUUCCCUUUGUUAUUGCAGAUGCUACUACACUAACUCAGGCUGGUUAUGUUGGAGAAGAUGUGGAGUCCAUAUUAUACAAGCUACUCACCGUUGCAGAUUAUAAUCUGGAAGCUGCACAGCGAGGCAUUGUUUACAUUGACGAAGUUGACAAGAUCACCAAGAAGGCUGAGAGCCUUAACAUCAGCAGAGAUGUCUCUGGUGAAGGCGUUCAGCAGGCAUUAUUGAAGAUGCUUGAGGGAACGGUUGUCAAUCUUCCUGAGAAGGGAGCUCGAAAGCAUCCAAGAGGUGACAGUAUUCAGAUUGACACAAAGAACAUACUUUUCAUUUGUGGAGGAGCCUUUGUUGACUUAGAGAAAACAAUCUCAGAAAGGCGUCACGAUUCUUCAAUUGGAUUCGGGGCACCUGUACGUUCAAACAUGAGAACGGGUGGUGUAACAGAUGCUGCCGUUACAUCAACUUUAUUAGGAACUGUCGAAAGUAGUGAUCUUAUUGCAUAUGGAUUAAUACCUGAAUUCGUUGGGCGGUUUCCUAUCCUUGUCAGUUUGUCAGCUUUAACUGAAAAGCAACUCAUUCAGGUCCUCACAGAGCCUAAGAAUGCUCUAGGGAAGCAGUACAAGAAGAUGUUCCACAUGAAUGGAGUAAAGCUGCAUUUUACAGAAAGCGCUCUGAGAUCAAUUGCUAGAAAAGCAAUAUCUAAAAACACCGGUGCUCGGGGCUUACGAUCAAUAUUGGAGAGUGUGCUGGUAGAUGCCAUGUACGAGAUUCCCGAUACAAGAACAGGAGACGAUAUUAUAGAGGCUGUUGUUGUUGAUGAAGGGGCUGUUGGUGGUGAGGAGCGUGGGAAAGGGGCCAAGAUCCUUUAUGGCAAAGGGGCAUUGGAGCGUUAUCUUUUAGCUCAAAAGAAUAUUUCAGAGACCACAGAGGCACCGGCCGGAGAGCACGAAGCAGAGGCGGAACUUCCUUCCAUUGUUGCAAGCAUGUAAUCCAUUGCUGUAUUUAUCUUUGUACAUAGCAAGUUGAUACAUUUCUUGAAUAAUAUAGAAGGGUCCAAGUCACAUAAUGUAAUAUCUUAUAGUAACUUUCUAGCUUCUAUGGUCAUUCCAACAAAUUACAGCAAGGUAAACUAAUUGUCCCAUACCACUUUUUUAGUGUACAAUACCUGAUUCAUGUACACAAGUUUUGUGCAGAA